AUGGACGUGAAUAAUUCAUUUGUUAAUAUGAAGGAUGUUAUGAAUAUCCCUGUACAAGUUGAAGGAAAGGAUGGAGAUAAGAAACAUAAUAACAUGAAUGAUAAUCUUUUAAAUUUUGAUUGUUCAUAUGAAAAUAUUUUAAAUAAUGAUAUUGAAAGACCACAAGAAAUAGAUUGUGGUAUGUCAUGUACUAGUUCUUUUGUUGACAGUAAUGAAAAAAUGGUGAACGAUAAUUAUAUUGAUAAUAAUUAUGAAGACUUAAAUAGUGCCCAAGGGGAGAGUAAAGAUAUUAAUCAUAUGAAAUUCGAAAAGAAAGAUAUAAUAAAUGUCCCUGAAACUUAUUGUAAAAACAAUUAUGAUUAUAUGUAUAAUAAUGCCUUAAAUCUUUCUUUUAAAAAAAAUAACGAUCAAAUAUAUAUGAACAAAUUUGGAAAUAUUAAUGAAAACAAUAAGGAAGAUAAUAGUAAUAAUAAUUUUGUGUUAGAUGAUAACAAUUUAAUGUUAAACGAAGGAAACAUAAUUAUAAAAAACAUGUAUCCUGUGGAUAUGAAUAAUCAUAAUGUAGGUUCUGAAAUACAUGAUAAUAAUGAACAUUCAUGUAUUCUUCGUAAUAAUGGUAAGGUGCAAAAUGAAUUUCGACAUGAGGGGAAUUUAUCAAAUGAUCGUUCGGUUUAUGGAGAAUUAAUUGAUAUGGAUAAUAUGGAUAAUAUGAAUAAUGUGAAUAAUGUGAAUAAUAUGGAUAGUGUGAAUAAUAUGGAUAAUAUGGAUAAUAUGAACAAUGUGAACAAUAUAAAUAGUGUGAAUGAUUCAAAGUGCAUACACGCAUUAAAUGCACCUGGUAGAAAAAACAUAAAAACCAAGGAUGCACAAGAUUACUUCUUCAAUAAUGAGAAUAUACAUUGUGUGAGCAAAAGCACGACGUAUAUAUUAAAUAUAGGGGAAAACGGUAGUACAUGUAUAAACGAUAUAAUAUCUAAUAGUAAUAAUUCUACAAGCACAGGAAGUAAAAAGAAUAAAAGGAAAGAAGAAAAAGAAGAAAAAGAAGAAAAAGAAGAAGAAGAAGAAAAAGAAAAAGAAAUAGAAGUAGAAAAAAAAAGGGAAAAAAUGAAUAUGCUGGGAAAUAUAAUUCCUGAGAAUGAUAGUACAAAUAAAGAGAAUCAUUAUUAUGAUUUAGAAAAUAAUGAAAUAUAUAAAGCUAUGGAAAAUGACAUUAUAAAUUAUAAACAUAUAAUAUUUCGAUUAAAGUGUGAAGUUCAAAUAAAAAAUAGUUAUUUGGAAAAUGAGAAAAGAAAAAAUGAGGAAUAUGAAAAGGUAAUAGAGAAUUAUAUAAGUGACUUAAAUAAAAACAAUAAAAACAAUAAAAACAAUAAUAAUAAUAAUAGUAGUAGUUGUAGUAAUGUGUACAUUCAGAAUAAUCUGCCAGGUGCUGAACCUUUAAACAUUAUUGAAGUUGAAAAUAGACAACUGAAAGAUACAUUGUUAUUAAAAAGUAGUGAAAUUAUCGAAUUAAAUAAUGUAAUAAACAAUUUGAAAAAUCAGAAAAUGAUUUUUUUUAAUCAACUAGAAAAUGAAUUAGAUAUGAGCAUAAAAAAAGAAACAGAAUAUUCAUUUUUAUUACAAUCACAAACAAAACGAUUAGAUGCAGCUAAUGCAUAUAUAGAAAAGCAAGCUAUAAAAAUUGUUCAGUUAAAGAAAGAUAUGGAAAAUUUAGAAAAUACGUAUAAUAUGAAUUUAAAAAAUAAUGAAGAACAGAUUAAAGAAUUAUUAAAAGAGAAAGAAGAAUUUAUAGAAAUAACAAAAGAAUUAGAAAUUAUUAAUAUAGAUAAUGUAAAGAAAAAAGAAGAAAUAGAAAAAUAUAAAGAAAAAUGUUCAAGUUUAACCGAUGAAUUAAAUGAACUAUUAAGAAUUAUUUCUAUUAAUCAACAUGAUAAAAUUGAUACAUUUAAAUAUCAUAAUUUUUAUGAAAGUGAAAAUAUGAUUAUGUCAUAUAAUAAUAUGAAUGAAAGUUUACAAGGUUAUUAUUAUUUCGAAAAAGGAAAUAAUCUAAAGAAAGAAUGUUAUAAUGAUAAAGAUAAAAAUAAUGAAAAUGUUUUAACAAUACAAUUAAAAAGAUUAAUAGAUGAAAAUGAAAUAUUACAAAAACAAUAUGAAGAAUUAAAUAAUGAAAAAAUACAAAUGGUACAAGAAUUACAAUUAAAAAAUGUUAUAAUUGAUAAAAAAAAUGAAAAUUAUACUUCACUUUUAGAUAAAUAUAAUAUACUAGAAAAGGAUUUUGAACAUAUACAUAAUUUGUGUAUACAUUUUGAAGAAAAAUUUAAACAAGAAUGUAUUCAUAAUAAUGUAAAUGAUGUGAAUAAUGUGAAUAAUGUGAAUAAUGUGAAUAAUGUGAAUAAUGUGAAUAAUGUGAAUGAUGUGAAUAAUGCCAAUCAUGUGAAUAAUGUGAAUGAUGUGAAUAAUGUGAAUAAUGCCAAUCAUGUGAAUAAUGCCAAUCAUGUGAAUAAUGCCAAUCAUGUGAAUAAUGUCAAUAAUGUAAACAGUGUAAACAAUGUGAACAAUGUGAACAAUUUAUCGUUCGAUAAAAUGAACAGUUUCUUAAACAAAAGUAAUUUUUCAUUAAGUGAAUUAGAUAUAAAUCAUAGCCAACAAAGUGAACAUAAUAUUAAUCAUUAUAAAAUUUAUUGUUCAGAACUAAAAUUAGAAAAUGAAUCCUUAAAAAAAAUUGUCCAUAAAUUAAAAAUCAAAAAUAAUAAACUCUCCAAAAAUAUGGAAUAUUUAUUGAAUGAUUUAAUACAAACAGAAGGAAUCAAUGAAGAAAAUGUACAAAUCCACAAAAAUACAAUAAAUAAUGAACAUAUUCCUUAUAUGGAGAACACACACACAACAAAUGUUUAUUAUAAUAAUCAUAAAGAUGAUAAUUUUAUGGAAGAAACUGAAAAGAAAUAUUCAUAUCAAGAAACAGUUGAUAUAUUAGAAAGGCAUAUUAAAAAUAAAGAAAUUGUAACCACAGAUAAUAUCAAAUUAGAUAUUAUAAAAAAUAAUGACAUAAAAGGUAAUCAUAUAAAUGAUGAUAUAAUAAAAGGAAACAAUAUAAAUGAUGCUAAUAUAAAAAAGGGCUUUAACUGUCAAACAGGAAAUAUUAUAUUACCUGACAAAAAAGAUUUCAAUUGUCAGACAGGAAAUAUUAUAUUACCUGACAAAAAAGACUUUAAUUGUCAGACAGAUAAUAUUAUAUUACCUGACAAAAAAGACUUUAACUGUCAAACAGGAAAUAUUAUAUCACCUGACAAAAAAGAUUUCAAUUGUCAGACAGAUAAUAUUAUAUUACCUGACAAAAAAGACUUUAAUUGUCAGACAUAUAAUAUUAUAUCACCUGACAAAAAAGAUUUUAAUUGCCAAACAACAAAUAUUAUAUCACCUGACAAAAAAGAUUUCAAUUGCCAGACAGAUAAUAUUCUUACGAACACAAAUAAAUAUUUAAAUAAAGAAAUAAAUACAGAUGAAAAAAUUGUAUAUGACCAAAAAGUAGACACAAAAGAUGAGAUUUCUUUUAUGAACUCUAGCGUAAAUACAGAAGAAAUAAAUAGAACUGAAAAAAGUGUUAACACACAUAUAGAGAAUAUAAAUAUGGAGCAGAAGAAUAUUACACAUGAUUUCAUACAAACCGAUGAAAUAAAUUGUUAUAUAAAAUGUACACAAACAAAUGAUGUUCAAAGAAAUGAUAAAGGUGUUGUUACUAAUAUGUGUGGGGUACAUGAUUUUAAUAUAAAAAAAAUGAUGAUAAAAAAUAAUAUGUUAAAGAAUAAAAAAAUACAAGUAACACCUACAAAUAUGAAUGCUUAUACACAAACUAUGAAUACAUUUUAUAAUAAUAAUAAUAAUAAUAAUAAAAAAAAAUAUAUAUAUAUCUAUAAUACAAAUGAUGAAUACCAUACAGAUAUGAAAUAUUCAAACAAAGGAAAUAGAAAUUAUUCAUACAUAUCAUCUUAUUCUAGUAAUUCUUACAAUCAUAUAUAUAAAAAAUACGAAUCCUCAAGUGAUGCAUAUAUAAUAAGAAAAGGAGAUGGAAAAAAAAAAAAAAAAAAAAAUCAUAUAAACAAUGAAAAGGCUAUAAUCAAAUAUUCUGAAAGGGAUAAUAUGAUGAUGUCCCAAAGUAAUAAAAAAAAAAUUACACAAAUUCAUAAUGAAAAGAAAAGAAAAGAAAAAAAUAUUUAUAUGUAUAAUAAGAAAAAUGUGCACAGCCAAGGAGGAAAUAAUUCAAAUAGAGAUGUAGAAUCGUUAAUAGAAAUAUUGAAAUAUUCCUCCGAUAGUAUGGACUAUACAAAUAAGGAAUAUGAUGAUGCUAAAAUGUGUGAUGAUAAUUUUUAUGAUGAUACUAAAUUGUGUGAUCAUAAUUUUUAUGGUGAUACUAAAUUGUGUGAUGAUAAUUUUUAUGAUGAUACUAAUUUGUGUGAUCAUAAUUUUUAUGGUGACACUAAAUUUUGUGAUGAUAAUUUUUAUGAUGAUACUAAAUUGUGUGAUGAUAAUUUUUAUAAUAAAUAUUAUUCCAGGUCAAAUAUUCCCUUUAGAAAAAAAAAAGAGAGACUUUUACACACACAUACAAUAAAAAUGAAAAAUAAGUAUGUACAAACUAGCCAUUCUUUUUUGGAUGAUGAUUUUUUUUUUUAUAACCCUAAAGAUAUACAAGACAAUAUUAAUCAUGAUAAUGAUUUAAGAAUUUUAAAAAAGAAAAUAAGAGAAUACUCUAAAGAUUUAUAUCAUACAUUAAUUUUAUGUGAGAAUUGUAAAGGAUUCUAUGUAGAUAUGUUUUUAAUAAAUAUAUUCAAUGAAUAUAUAAAUUAUUAUAAUAUCAUAAUGAAUAAUAAUAAUAAUAAUAAUAUAAACAGGGAUACAAUAAAUAAUAUGGAUUAUUAUUUAAAUUUUGAUUCUUUUGUAAGUAAUCCUUUUACUAAUAAUAUAUAUAAAAAUAAGAAUAUAGGAAAUAAUUUAAUUAUUGAAAAAAAAAUAACAACUACACGAACUAAUACAUUAGAUCCUGUUUAUUGUGUAUAUAAUAAUAUGAACGAAAAUUCACAACAUAGUAAAAAUAAUAAUAUUGAAAAUUAUGCAGUGCACAAAAAACAUGCUUGUGAUAAAAAUCAUAUAUGUUCUACUCAUCAAAAUAAUGUUAAGGAAAAAUUAUCAAGUUGUUAUUAUGAUAAAGAGAAUAAAACAAAUAAUAAUAAUAAAAAAAAAAAAAUAUUUAAAAUGGAAAAAUAUAUAAUAAAAAAUAUUCCUUUUAAUAUACAUAUAUGUACAUGUUCUUAUGUUAAUUUGAAAUAUAAAAAAAUUCUUAUCAAAAAAGAUGAAUCUAACAAGAAAAAAAAAAAUAAGUUGAAAGUAAAAAAUUAUAUGGAUACCAAUGUAUAUAAGGAUGAAAAUAAUAAUAAUAAUAACAACAACAACAAUGUUGAAAAAACAAACCCUUAUGCUAUUAACAAUUCUGUGUGUAGUCAAAUAUUUAAUUUUAUACAUAACAUGAGAAAAGAAAUAAGACAAAUAAAAUAUAUUAUUCAUACUAUUUUAUUUUUUAAAAAUAAUGAUCCUAUGAAACACAUGCUUCUAAAUAAUAACAAUUUAAAUGAUAUCUCUAUGUGCUUAUUUAAUUAUAUACAAAAUGAAAAUGAAAUAAAUAAUGUGAAUAAUUAUGUAAACGAGAUAAACGAAUGUGAUGAUAAAUAUAAGUACACACAAAAUGUUUAUAACAAAAAAGUAUGUGUUCAUUAUAUAUCACCAAUAAAUGUUAAAUCAUCAAAUGAUGAUAAUAUAAAUAGUUUUUAUAAUAACGAGAAAAGUGAAUGUAAUUAUAAUGUGUGCUUUGAUGAGGGAAAACGGAAAAAUGAUAAUAACAUAAGGGAUGAUAAAAUAAAUGGUUACAGCAACAAUAAUGAUAAUAAUAAUGAACAUAAUAACAAUAAUGAUAAUAAUAAUGAACAUAAUGAUCAUAAUAAUGAACAUAAUAAUGAACAUAAUAAUGAACAUAAUAAUGAACAUAAGAAUUAUAAAGAAAGUACAGAUAAACUCAAUUUUAUUCAUUUUUAUAAUGAUUCAAAUCAAAAAAAAGAAAAUUAUUUUCAUAAUUAUACACAUGAACAAAACGACCAUGAAUCAUCCUCUUCACAAUUUUUUGGUAUCCCAAAAAAUCAAACAUCAAUAUAUUUUUAUAAAAAAGAAAAAAAAAUGAUAAAUUUUAAAGAAUUCAUGAAAAAUUAUGAAGUCAAGAAUAUUAUGAUUUUCUUUAUCUGUUGUAUAUUUUAUUUAAAUGAAUUGUACAUAAAAUAUAAUAAUUCGCUAGUCACAAAUAUUAAACCUAUUGAUGAUAAUACAAAAAGGGAUAUUCAUCAAGGAGAAGAAAGGACUGAAAUUUAUUAUUGCAAGAGUGAUAAGAUAAAUAUGAAUCAGGUGGAUAAUUCAAACAAUACAAAUUGUAAAGAUGAAGAACAAUCAAACAAUACAAAUUGUCAAGAUGCCGAACAAUCAAACAUUACAAAUUGUAAAGAUGCCGAACAAUCAAACAUUACAAAUUGUCAAGAUGCCGAACAAUCAAACAUUACAAAUUGUAAAGAUGCCGAACAAUCAAACAUUACAAAUUGUCAAGAUGCCGAACAAUCAAACAUUACAAAUUGUAAAGAUGCCGAACAAUCAAACAAUACAAAUAGUAGCCACAUGAACCAUUUAAACCAUGAGGUGGUUAUACCAAAUGACAAACUAUAUAUGAAUACAUACACAAACAAUAUUAACCCUUUUGAUGUAUCAAUUUUUAAAGAGGCUGAAAUAAUGAUUGAGGAAUACCGUACAUGUCUUCAUGAGAACAAAAGGAUGAAUAUACUUCAUGAUAUUCUAUGCAAUAUUAUAUUAUGUAUAAAAAAUAAUUAUGAUAAUAUACAUAAUGUAUUUUUAUUAUUUAAUGAUGAUAUAACAAAAAGUGAUAUAUUAAAUAUAAAAUAUAUUUAUAAGUUAAUAGACAAUUAUUCAAAAAUAGAUUCAUAUAUAAAACAUAUAAACAAUAGUUGUAAUGAAAAAAUAAGAAAUACAGAAAAUAACUUUAAAGAAAUAAUUUCGAACAAAGAAGAUUUGAUAAAUAUUUAUAAAGAAAAUAUAAAAAAUAAAAUACAAUUAAUUGAAGAGAAAGAUUUAAUUAUUAAAGACUUAAAAUUAGAAAUACAUAUUUUAUUAAAAGAUAAAGAAAUUACAAAUAAUUUAUUAAAUGAACUUACAGAGGAAAAAAAUACAUAUUUUAAUAUGUAUAUGAAAUAUCAUCACGAAUGGAUACUUAACAAGAAAGAAAUAAUAAUGAAAGAUGAUAAGGACGAAUAUACUUAUACAACAAAUGAUGAGCAUAAUAAUCAUAAGAAAAUAAAUAAUUGUAUUAACCAAAUUAACAAAUUAAAUGAUGAAAUCAUAUUAUUAAAAAAUAAAAAUAAAACCUUGUUACAUAAAAGAGAUACUAAUAAAAAUACAUCAUCUUCUGUGUGUUCACAUAUGUCAUCACCAUCACCAUCACGUAUUUCAUCAAAUAGCAUUUUUCAUUUUAAACAAACAGAUAAUCAAAAUGUUGAAAAUGCAGAUCCAAAUAUUAUUAUAGAUAAUAAUAAUUCAAAUACAAAAGAAAAAAAAAAAAAUUCUUUAACAAAUCUUAUUUUAAAAGAUAAAAAUGAUAAGUUAAAAAAUUUCCAUAUUAAGGAAAAUAUUACAUCUACAAUUCAUAUGAAAAAAAUUUAUAAAAUUUUAUUUCUUUUAAAAGAAAAAAUUAUUCUUUUUAUUUUCUAUAUAUAUAAAAAGAUUUAUAAAAAUGCUUACAUUAAUAUUUCAUAUAUUAAACAAUUUUAUACACAAAUUAUAAAUAUUUUUAUUAAUAUCCCCAGAUAUAUUUGUUCUUCUUAUAUAUUUGUUAAAGAAAAUGAAAUAAAUUAUAAUAUGUAUAUUAAAAAUAAUAAAAAUAAUAAAAUAUAUUUACACACAAAUCAUAGCCACAUUUUACAGCUUACUGAUGAUAAUACUUCAUUAAAUAAACAAAAAAUAAAUGAAAAAAAAAAAAAAAAUCAAAAUAUUAAAAUAAAAAAAUAUUCUCAUAAUAAAAGAAAUCUAUAUAAUCAUAAUUUUCUAGAAAAUACAUCAAUUCAAUCAUCCACAUCUCCCCAAAAAAAAAAAAAAAAUAAUAAUUUACAACGGGCUAUAGGAAAACUCUCCGAUGAGGAUUCAUCUAGCAAUGUAUCUCUGUUCUUCGAUUUUUAA